AAUAUUAUCGUGCUGGUACUCCUUAUUUAUCACCAGAAGCUAUUGAGAAAAUUAUUCAAUCUCGAGGGACAGUUAAAAAUGCAUGCAGGAAAAUGGCUUAUAAAUAUAGUACUUCAACUC